AAAAAAAAAACCGGUCGAUGUAGUAGCUGGCAGCUGCUAUGCGAGCAACGUUACGCUAUGAGUAUGUGUAUUUUUCAGGCAGUUGUCUGCAGACAUUCAAUGACAGUGGUGGUGUUUUUUGUUUUGUUCCCUUUUUUUCUACUACACAUUUUAUUUUACAAACAAUCUUCUUCCGUUAUUCAUUUAUAAUGAAUUACGUAGAACGCAAGAAUCAAUUAAUUCACUUAGUCAGAUUGUCCCCAGGACUAUGGAAACAGCCAAGAAAAGCUCGAGGAUUGAAACAAAAACUAUGGGACGAAGUUGGCGCCCAACUGGGGACAACCGGAUUUGAUGCAAAACGACAAUGGGAAAUCCUUCGGGACCAACUUAGAAGGGAGACAAAACGUCUCAAGCAAAAUCCUGACUACAAGUCAACUUGGGCAUUUUAUUCAAAAAUGCAAUUCACAAUACUACCAAAUGAUGGUUCCUCUCUCGCUGGCUCUGACGAUGGUUUAGAGCCUUAUCAUCCUGAUUCUGAUUUUGAAAAUAAUUCUAUCAAUUCUAUCAAAGCAAAAACUGAAGAAGAACCCAUUAUUCAAGUGCGUAAGGAUUUGCACGAUAAAGACUAUAGUUUUAAGGAAAAUACACAAUCAGUGACGCAGCUGGAGGCUACAACAGAACCUCAAGCGACGAUAAGUAUAGAAUAUUAUCAGCAUCCCUCAACAAGUGCUGCAGGAGUUUCCUCAUCGUCGUCGUCAACUCAAAAACGACGUCGACUAAACGACAAUGAAAUGCCAAAAAUAAAAAACAACCGAUAUCCUAAUUGUGAAGAAGAUGAUGAAGAUUAUUAUUUUGCAAUGAGCAUAGUGCCAGCGAUGCGUUGCAUACAAAGUCCCAAAAAACUUCGACUUCGAUCGAAAAUUUUGAAUUUGAUUGCAGCUGCUAUGGAAAGUGAAGUAGAUGGCGAUGUAGAGAGUAAUUAUGGUAUGUCGUUGUUAAGGGAUGAUGACAUUGAAGAAGACACAGUUAAAACUGAACCGGAAUUUAUACCUGAAGAUAUGGUGCAGACUUCAAUACAACAACAAUCUGAAGGAUAUUUUUCUUAA